AAGAGAAGAAGGAUUUGUGACUUCAACCCUUUGAGGGAUGGAACUGCCGUUAUAAGUGUGACAAACCAUGAUUGCUAAAAGGGAAGCGUUUAUUCUUCUAGAAUACUAUUUUUUUUAUGCGCUGCUGAUUAGUAUACAUAGCUCCAUGUUUUAAAGUUUCCUUUAGAAUCUACACUAGCGCUUUCUUACUUCAAUUAGCUCAAACAUUUAAAUUGAUGAGAAGAACGAUUUCGUUCAAUUUAACUUUGUCCUUAAGAACUCAAUGAAUCAAUUGAAUUAUUAGUGAAAUAGUUUUUCUCACUUAACUAAGAAAAGUACACCAAGCUUUGCUAUUACGAACGCUCUGGUGUACACUUAAGAAUUAGUUGACUAUUAUAGGUACUAAUAAUAGUAGAGUAGUAAGAAUUUAUGUAUACCUAUAUAGAAAUAUUAUUAAAGUUUAUUUUUCGGUGGGAAUUAAAAAAAUCUUUUGCGUAAAGUAAUAGGAAAAACAAUAUCUAGUUCCUGUAUAUGCUAACUAGAACCACAGACAUACUUCAAGGAUAACAAACUAAGGUUAUUUUUACUUAUUAACCACACUUUUUAUAAUUGUUUUUAUAUUAAAAAUAACACGUUUAAUAUCUUCUAUUAAGAAUGGGCAAAAUGUCUAAAGAUAAACGUGAUAUAUACUAUCGGAAAGCAAAAGAACAAGGUUGGCGAGCUAGAAGUGCAUUUAAACUGUUACAAAUCGACGAAAAAUAUAAUAUUUUUGAAGGAGUUACCAAAGCAGUGGAUUUGUGUGCAGCACCAGGAAGUUGGAGCCAGGUACUUUCAAGAAAACUUUAUUUAGGAGAAACUAUUAUUAUUAGAGAUAAAUGUAGCUUAUUUUAUAAUGAAAUUGAAUUGCAUCAAAAGUUGGAGAGCAUGGAAGAAUAUGAAUUACUCAAAAAUGAUAAUGUAAAGAUUGUAGCUGUUGACUUACAACCAAUGUCGCCGCUUCCCGGUGUCAUACAGAUACAGGGCGAUAUUACAAAAUAUUCAACAGCACAAGAAAUUAUUGGACACUUUAAAGGUGAUCAUGCAGAUAUUGUAGUUUGUGACGGAGCCCCUGAUGUGACUGGACUACAUAAUUUGGAUAUAUACGUUCAAGCACAAUUAAUAUUAGGUGCUUUACAUAUUAGUUGCAAUGUUUUAAAACCCGGUGGUACUUUUGUAGCAAAAUUAUUCAGGGGAAAAGAAAAUGAUUUAUUAACUAACCAGUUGUUGUCUUUAUUUCAAGAAGUUGAUAUAACAAAACCAAGCAGUUCAAGAAAUUCAAGUAUAGAAGCAUUUAUUGUUUGCCGAAAAUAUACUCCUCCAGAAGGCUUUGAUCCUAAACUUUUAACUCCGUAUUUGGAUGUAUCACACCGUGAUUUCAAUUCACUUACAGGUAUAAACAGAGUUUUAAUACCAUUUAUUGUAUGUGGAGAUGUCAGUGCUUUUGAUUCAGAUACAACAUAUCCAUUACAAUUAAAAGGUGAGCAACCUUAUCAAUAUAGACUUCCUGUUCAGCCUCCAAUUAAUCCUCCAUAUGCAUCUCGAAGUAGUUUAAGUAAAGAUAACCAAUUGGAUCAUUAUCUGAAAAAAAUUGAUGACGCUGUUAAACGAGUUGGUAUUGGGGCUAUGAAAAUCUCUAAUAAGACCACUGUUUUGAAGAAAAUAGAUGAAGACAGUUCCAGUGAGGAAGAAUGUAGUAAGCCUCAUGUAACCAAACCUCAAACUAUUCUUGAUAAUGGUCCUUACUUUGAUUUACUUCAAAAAACAACUAAAAUAAAGAAAUAUUCAACUAAAAAUAAUGAAGUAGAAUCAGUACAGGAUGAAGCAGCUGGACUUCAAUUUAUCUAUGAAGAUGAAUACACCGAUCCUGAAAUCAUACAGGAAUGCUUAGAAAAAAUGAAAAUUUCAGGAAGAUCGCCUACUUGUAAUUGUAACUAUUUUGAUUAAGCAUUAAAAUUUUUGAAUUCAUUAAUUUAUGAUUUUAUACAAUUAUUAGAUACAUACAAAUUCAAAAGUAAAUUUAAAAUAAUUUAUAGAAAUUAUAUGCAACACCAAAUUUUUCAGUUUCAAAAUAAAAUAUUUCAAAUUGUUUCUGUUUGGGAUAUUAUUUUCUAUAGCAACUAAUUUGUUAUUUAAUGCAAUUGAAUCAGUCUGCUUUUUUCUCAGUUAUCAUGCUAUUGAGGAUUUAUGAAAAAAAUUUUUCGUUUUUAGACAUAAUAUGUAUAAUGAAUUUCAACUUUCAAAUAUUUAUGUGUGUAUUUCAUACAUUUUACAUACAUUUUUUUUUGCUUUGUAAGUCCAUUAAUCUAACAAGUAAAAAUUUUAUAAUAUUCAUUAAAAAAGAAAUAAAUAUUCCCCAAUUCUUACUGCAUCAGUACAUUUCUAAGAUGAGUGCUUACACCUAUUUGUUGAAUGAAUAUGUACCAAAUAAAAAUAUUCCAAAUUAAAAAAA